AUGUUCAUACUGUACUCGUUUAAUGUAACAAGUUCAUGUCUACAAUCAAAUAAUGAACUUCGAAUUGACUUUGAAUCGCCAGUAAUAUAUGCAGCAGAUCAAGCAAAAGCAUACAAUGAAACAGUUCUGCCAGAAUGUCCGUUAGCUGUGCAGCACGGUGAAUGUCAUAUUCAGUUUAUUCGAAAGGAAAUAUGCUCAUUCAGUUGGGAUUGGGGUCCAGCAUUUGCUCCUAUCGGCAUCCCCGGAACUAAUUGGGUUCCACCUGAUGCAUUUCGCGAACGAGUGCCAGACAAAAGACUCGAACAACUACUUCGCUCAGCUCAAUUGGCUAAUAUGAAUAUCCUACGUAUAUCGGGUGUUGACUUCUAUGAAAGUGAUUCAUUCUACGAAAUGAAUGACCGUUUAGGCAUCAUGGUGUGGCAUGAUCUCAUGUUCGCUAAUACUCUGUACCCAAUGGAUGAAUCUUUUCUAAUGCUUGCGCGUAAUGAAGUACUCUAUCAAAUGAAACGACUUCAGUCACAUCCAUCGCUUGUUAUGAUCAGUGCAAACAAUGAAAUUGAGGUAGCACUUGCUCAAAAUUGGUUUAAAAUACCAGCAGAUCGAAUGGACAAAGCGAAACAUGAUUAUCGAAAACUUUAUUUGGAUGUCAUUAUGAAGGCUAUACAAGAAGUAGACAAAGGUAAUAAUCGACUAUUCGUUGUCUCAUCGCCUAGCAAUGGUCUGGAAUCAGUGAAUGAAAAUUACACCGCUAGAAAUCCUCAAGAUCCACUCUAUGGCGAUGUGCACUUCUAUGAAUAUACUAAUGAUACAUGGGAUCCAAACACGUAUCCCAUUCCUCGUUUUAUGUCAGAAACGGGCCUUCAAUCACUACCUAGUCUAGAUUCAUGGUAUCAAGUGACACACAAUAUCAGUGAUUUGCAGUAUGGUAGCGCUUUUUACCAGCAUCGAGAGCAUUCUCCCAACAAAAUCAACGAUCUAUUAAAUCAAAUUAAAAGCAAUCUACCAUUACCGGUGACGAGUAAUCCGUUACAGGAAUUCGUUCAUAUGAUCUAUUUGAGUCAAAUCAAUCAAGCGAUGACAUUGAAAAGUAUUAAUGAUGUGUGUAGAAUUCAUUCCUCUAUUGAUAUGAUUGAUCCAAAGACAAGUGAAGGUCAUACGAUGGGCUUCAUGUAUUGGCAAAUCAAUGAUAUUUGGCAAGCACCCACCUGGGCAACGAUUGAAUAUGGAUUGAAAUGGAAAAUGGGUCAUUACUAUGUUCAACACUUAUUGGCAGCUUCAGUAGUUUUAUUAAUACUUAUAUGUUUUGGUUCUGCUGCAAAUCUCUAUGCACUUGAUCAUCCCGAUCCGAUGACAACAAUACAUGCUUUUUGCAAGUCACGUCCCUAUAUAGUGCAAUCAACUGUCAUGAUGGGACGUUGGUUAGUAGCUAUUGCUUGUAUCGAUCGAUAUGCAUUAACUUCAAGAAGUUCUCGCAUACGAAAAUUUGCUCAAGUACACAUUGCACGUUAUACGAUUGCAUACACGAUUGUUGUUUGGCUUAUCUUACCCAUUCAUAUGAUUAUAUAUUAUGAGAUAAACUCAGUGGCUAAUAUUUGUACCCUUUCAUAUAGCGGAUCAAUAGCAUUCUAUCAUAGUAUCUAUACUAUAACUAUGGGUGGUAUUCUUCCGGCAACAAUCAUGAUUACAACUGCAAUACUCAUUCGAUAUAAUCUUGCAAUGAAACGAAAUCUCUGUGGAAAACAGACCAAUCCUAAUAAUGCCACUGCUCGAUCGAAUACUAAUUCAAGUGCUCAACGUAUUCGUGAUCAACAAGCAUUAAUCAUGUUGUUUGUACAAGUCACUUUCUAUUGUAUUGUUCAAAUACCUCAAUUCGUUCGAACAAUGUACGGAGCUAUAGCCAACAAUGUAUCAAAUAAGUCAGCCGAUCGUUUGGCUAUUGAAAAAUUUGCAUUUACUGCAACAGAAAUGUGUGCUUAUCUGUUUCCUGUGUCAUCAUUUUACUUAUACGUAUUAGUGUCACGUGCAUUUCGACAUGAAUUAUAUGCUAUUGUAAGCACAUUGAUAAAUAAGUGUUUCGAUCGUCGCAAUAUUCGCAUUAGACCAAUCACAAUUAUGCAAAAUGCUACUAGAGAACGUAAAGACAAGCAUAUGGCUUCUUAA